AUGUCGACUGAUAGAAUAGAUGACGCCGCCGUUCAACAGAAACCGGAAGAGAAGACAGACGAUGCUGCUGCCAACAAUGGCCGAGCGAAGAGGCGCUUCGAUUGGAAGAGGAUGCUGGACAACAAUAGGCACGGCCGAGCAAGACCGGCUGGAGGCAGCGGAGACAACUCGGACAAUGAACACAGCGAGACCACGAGGCCCGAGAAGUGGAGUAUGGGCGUCCUGAACGACACGGAAACCGAAGAGGUUCCUGGCUCAGUUCUGCUCCUGUCCAAGGUCUCCAAAUACAACGAGCCUCUUGGAUUGCGCAACGCUCCCGCUCCGACCUCUUCCUCCUUUCUGCCUGUUACAUACCCACCUCCAUCGCCGGCCGGGUCCAUACACAUACGAAGACCGUCCAUUCAAGAGAAGAAGCGCACACCGGAUGGCAAGUUCGUCUUGGAUCCUCAACCCGACGACUCCGUCAACGAUCCUCUCAACUGGAAGCCCUGGCGUCGAGAUGCUGCCCUCUUCUCCCUCGGCUUCUACUGCAUGCUAGGCGGUGGUAUGACUCCCAUCCUCGCGGCCGGUUUCAACAACGUGGCACAUGACUUCGACAUUCCAGAAGCACGAGUUGCCCUCACGACCGGACUAUACAUGUUGGGGCUCGGUCUGGGCAGUGUCUUGCUCAGCCCCACUGCCAUUCUGUACGGCAAGCGUCCCGUAUACUUGGUCGCAGCAAUCUGCUUCAUCGUGUCCGCGAUUUGGUGUGCUGUCUCUCCAAACUUUGCCAGUCUGGUCUGUGCCCGUGUCUUUAUGGGCUUCGCAGUCUCCAGCGUGGAAUGUCUGCCCUCGGCUACUAUCGCUGAGAUCUACUUCUUGCACGAGAAGGGCUAUCGAUUGGGUAUCUACACAUUGCUGCUGCUCGGAGGUAAGAACCUGGUGCCGCUAGUGAGUGCUGCCAUCAUCGAAAGCUUGGGAUGGAGAUGGGUCUUCUGGAUCGUUGCCACUGUAGUCGGCUUCGGUCUGGUCCUGCUCUUCCUCUUCGUUCCAGAGACCUUCUGGGAUCGUACGCCCAUACCAUCCAAACCUAGACGCCUCCACCUUCACCUUCACCUCAGCGCAUCGCAUAUCUUGAGACCUUUCUCCAUGUCUCACCCACCAAGUCCUCACCCCGAUCGAAGGAGUCAUCGAGCCAGUAUCAACGAUGACAACACCAAGCCGCCGGUCGACGAUGUUCACACCGAGAAGGAUGCAGGACGACAUGCCCAAUUUCAAACCACGGAAUCCGACGACGAACCCGACAAGAAAUCCAAUGCCGAUGAGAUGCGCCAAGACAGCCGCUCUCCCAAGAACGAGGCCUUCCGUGACGAUAGCGUCCAACAACAAAGCAAUCCUCCAGAUUACUUCAACAACCGAUCUAUCGAGCCUUCAGCACUCGAAGCCCUCAAGCCUGGUAGUUCUGAUGCCAUCUCACACGUUCCCCGAGUCUCCAGCACCCAUAGCGAAGAGCACGAUCCCAGAAACGCCUAUACUCGCGGGCUGGUCUCUCUACCCAAACAAUCCUGGCUCCAGCAACUCAAGCCAUACUCCGGCCGCAUGUCUCACGACAAAUGGAUCAGAGUCGCCACAAGACCAUUCAUCCUCUUUGCGUACCCUUCUCUGCUCUGGAGCGCUCUUGUCUAUUCCCUAUCCGUAGGCUGGCUCAUCGUUCUCUCCGAGUCCGUAACGGCGAUCUAUAAGAGUCGUGAUACGUAUAACUUUUCUUCGCUCCAAGCUGGAUUGGUGUACAUCUCUCCCUUUGUGGGCGGCGUCCUCGGCACCGCGGUGGCGGGCAAGUUUUCCGAUCUGCUGGUGCGAUGGCUCGCUCGCAAGAACGGGGGUCUCUAUGAGCCCGAAUUCCGACUCAUCAUGGCCAUCCCCAUCACCAUCACCACCGUCAUCGGGCUCAUGGGCUUCGGCUGGUCCGCCCAAGAACACGACGCCUGGAUCGUGCCGACCGUCUUCUUCGGCCUCAUCUCUUUCGGCUGCUCACUGGGCUCCACCACCAGCAUCACCUUCGCCGUCGAUUCCUACCGCCAGUAUGCCGGGGAGGCGCUCGUGACGUUGAAUUUCUCCAAGAACGUCCUGCAUGGCUUGGUGUGGAGUCUGUUCUUCAAUAAAUGGCUCGAGAGCGACGGGAGUAAGGAUGUCUUUCUCGCGAUUGGGGUCAUUCAGUUGGCGUUGCUGUUGACGACGAUUCCCAUGUAUGUGUACGGGAAGAGAGCGAGGAUGUGGACUGUUCGGAGGAAUCUGAUGGAGAAGUUUUAG